UUUACCAAUGUUUACAUCAAGGAUUUUGGAGAAGACAUGGAUGAUGAGCGCUUUAAGGAUCUCUUUGGCAAGUUUGGGCCUGCCUUAAGUGUGAAAGUAAUGACGGAUGAAAGUGGAAAAUCCAAAGGUUUUGGAUUUGUAAGCUUCGAAAGGCAUGAAGAUGCUCAGAAGGCUGUGGAUGAGAUGAAUGGAAAGGAGCUCAAUGAAAAACAGAUUUAUGUUGGUCGACCUCAGAAAAAAGUGGACCGGCAGACAGAGCUUAAGCGCAAAUUUGAACAGAUGAAGCAGGACAGGAUCACCAGAUACCAGGGUGUUAACCUUUAUGUGAAAAAUCUUGACGAUGGCAUUGAUGAUGAACGUCUUCGGAAAGAGUUUUCUCCAUUUGGUACAAUCACCAGUGCAAAGGUUAUGAUGGAGGGUGGUCGCAGCAAAGGGUUUGGUUUUGUAUGUUUCUCCUCCCCAGAAGAAGCCACUAAAGCAGUUACAGAAAUGAACGGUAGAAUUGUGGCCACCAAGCCAUUGUAUGUAGCUUUAGCUCAGCGCAAAGAAGAGCGCCAGGCUCACCUGACCAACCAGUACAUGCAGAGAAUGGCGAGUGUGCGAGCCGUGCCCAACCCCGUUAUCAACCCCUACCAGCCAGCACCUCCUUCAGCGUACUUCAUGGCAGCUAUCCCACAGACUCAGAACCGUGCUGCGUACUAUCCUCCUAGCCAAAUCCCUCAACUAAGACCAAGUCCGCGCUGGACUGCUCAGGGUGCCAGACCUCAUCCAUUCCAAAAGAUGCCCGGUGCUAUACGCCCAGCCGCUCCUAGACCGCCAUUUAGUACGAUGAGACCAGCUUCUGCCCAGGGUCCACGAGUCAUGUCCACGCAACGUGUUGCUAACACAUCAACACAAACAAUGGGUCCUCGUCCUGCAGCUGCGGCUGCUGCCGCAACUCCUGCUGUCCGCACCGUUCCACAGUAUAAGUACGCCGCAGGUGUGCGCAACCCUCAGCAUCAUCUGAACGCACAGCCACAGGUGACCAUGCAGCAGCCUGCUGUUCAUGUACAAGGCCAGGAGCCUUUGACUGCUUCCAUGUUGGCAUCUGCCCCUCCUCAGCAGCAAAAGCAAAUGUUGGUUGAACGGCUCUUUCCUCUUAUUCAGGCCAUGCACCCUACUCUUGCUGGUAAAAUCACUGGCAUGUUGUUGGAGAUUGAUAAUUCAGAACUUCUUCAUAUGCUUGAGUCUCCGGAGUCUCUUCGUUCUAAAGUUGAUGAAGCUGUAGCUGUACUACAAGCCCACCAAGCUAAAGAGGCUGCCCAGAAAGCCGUGAACAGUGCCACCACCGGUGUUCCAACUGUUUAAAAUUGAUCAGGGACCACGAAAGGAAACUCGUGCUUCACCGAAGAAAAAUAUCUAAACAUCGAAAAACUUAAAUAUUAUGAAAAAAAUUGCAAAAUAUAAAAUAAAUAAAAAAAGGAAAGGAAACUUUGAACUUUAUGUACCGAGCAAAUGCCAGGUCUAGCAAACCGCUAGGCCUAGAUUACUUCUGACUUAAAAACAACAACAACAACAAAAAAAUAGUAAAAUAUAAAAACAAAUCAAUGUUUUAUAGACCCUGGGAAAAAGAAUUUUAAGCAACGUACAAAAAUUUAAAGCAUUUCUUGCUUUAAUUUUGUAAUUCUUUACUGU